AACUGUUGACAACAGAGCCAAAGAAGAAGAGACAGAAGAGGCAAUGGCGGUAUGGACAGAGAUAUGGCUGCGAAAUUAUUUAUCCAACGUUACAUUAGGAUGUUGCCGUAUCUGUUGAAAGGCAUCCCCUUUAUGAGUUAGUAGUAUACCUCAGUCAGAUCAGAGGAAUCUUCCUCUUUGUUUGUGUCGUUUUGUUGCAGUCACAUCAGUGUGUUAGAACAGACAGCUGGAGCUGAACGAGCAAACAUCUCAUUGUUGAGCUCUGUAUCAUCCUUCAUUUCUUGGUCGUUUUUUAAACUGUAACGAUGCCACUGGGUUUGAAGCCGUGCUGUGCUGUCUGCAAGACGAACUCUUCGUCUAUGUGGAAAAAGGGAAACCAGGGAGAGAUCCUCUGUAACAACUGCACAGGAAAGAGCAGCGGCGGCAGUGCAUCAGGACCCUCCAUGUCCUCCAGCACUCAGCCCAGCAAUGGCGGAGGGAAGCAGUCUAAGCAGGAGAUCCACAGGAGGUCAGCACGCCUGAGAAGCACCAAGUACAAAGCUCCUGCGUCUGAGAAGAAGGUGUCCACAAAAGGAAAAGGGAGAAGACACAUUUUCAAGCUAAAAAAUCCAAUCAAAGCACCAGAAUCUGUUGCAACAAUCAUCACGUCAGAAUCUGUCUUCUAUAAGGGUGUGUAUUACCAGACUGGAGAUGUGAUCAAGGUAACAGAUGAGGAUGACGGGAAGCCAUACUACGCUCAGAUUCGAGGCUUCGUGCAGGACCAGUACUGUGAAAAAAGUGCUGCUCUGACCUGGUUAAUCCCCACCCAGGCCAGCCCAAAGGACCUGUUUGAUCCUGGGACAUACAUAGUUGGUCCAGAAGAGGAUCUGCCCAGAAAAAUGGAGUACCUAGAGUUUGUGUGCCAUGCCCCCUCUGAGUAUUUCAAGUCCCGGAGCUCUCCGUUUCCAACCAUCCCCAUACGACCAGAAAAGGGCUACAUCUGGACCCACAUAGGACCCGCUCCCGCCCUCGCUGUCAAAGAGCCUGCCAGCAGCAGCAGUUAACAUAACGUGAUAUGGACUAAGCCUGUUGCUCUUAAAUGGACAUUUGUACAUUGAUGUAAUAUAAUGAAAACAAACAUGGCUGUGGACACAACCAUUACUUCAGAUUGAAGACAAAGGAAACCAUGUGUAAUAACAAAAACCUACCGCUGCAACAUUGAUAGUAACUUUUGUAUGUUGUAAUAAACAAGAAAGUUGUUUUUGUUUACUA